AGCAUUGACAGAAAAAGCAUUUAACGAGCGUUGUGGCUUGGAAGUCGGCGUUAAAUCCUUCAUUUACGCAUUUUUACUUAUUCGCAUAUCGUGUGAAAAAACGAAAAUGUAUUAUUUGCGUCAGACUCGUCUCAGUGAACUUUAAAGCUUCUCAGGCUUAGCUUAGCUUGCUAGUUAGCUUAGCCUGCGCGCUACUAAGAAAGAGACGCGGAAGUUAUCAACAACAAGAUCAAGUGUCAGUGUAUAAAAUAUUGAGAGAUUUGAGGGCUACAUGUAUUGUUUAAGUACAACUGUUCUUCGCCAGGUGUUCUUUGGCCGCCCUGGCUUACGUUUUCCCGGUGGUGUCCAUCUUAACGCUGCCUUUGGUAUCCUCUCGUUGUCCGGUUUUCGAAAAUAGCUAGCUAGGCUAUAGACUAUAUAGUAUAAACCGCAUGUUAUUUUUGUACAACAACAACUUCAGCUGUCGAACGUUAUAAGGUACAAAUUCAACAAGUACAACAUUAGCAAGGACGGUAUAGCCAAGUUGUGGUUAAGAAGGUGGCUUUUUGUUCCUUAUAUUUACCAGAAACGAAGUGAUCCGAACACACGACCCGGGACUUUGGGGGACUCCAGUGAGAACCGUCCUCGUUUUCCCGGUGUAAAGCUGCGAGCCAUUUGUCUCGUCUCUGUGGGCUUUUAUCGCGCUUUGGCAGAACAAAAUACAACCUUUGUUUUCCCUGUUUCCAGUUGUGGUUAGCACAACCAAAAACAACACAGUUUUUCGGCAUUUUGGAGGCAGAAUGACGGGUUUAACCAGCGUAGGUCGACAGGUUAAAGAGUAAUGGCAACGGUUUGUUUUCAACGCCAGUCUCGUUGCUAUGGCUCGAAGAACCCGUAUGUAGCUCAGUUGCCCGGAUGUCGGCCCUCACCCAUAAGCGACUUUCAAAAAACCCAAGGACACUUUACGGGUCGCGGGGGUGGCUGGAGCCUAUCCCAGUUGAAAAGCGGAGUCUGUCAAGGAUACUGCAUGGAAAAUUGCAACAAUAUCUGCAACCGGACUUAAGGGAAUCAAACCUGGUAGUAUCUCCAGAAUUUGGUCAGUGACUAUAAAAGUAUUGCAUUGGGUAACCUUCCCUCGCUGGGAUAGACUCCAACACACCGGAGACUCUGAUCGAAAAAAACCAGGCGGUCUAAACUGCCUGACCAGAGCAGCCAGGACCAGAAGAGGGACACGGCACUUGUGGAGAGGCAAAACUCUCUGUCCGGGAGGGACGGGGGCAGAUGGAGCGGCAGGCUGGAAAGGAUCGGGGGCACGGCGGCCAGCGCCCUCAGACGGGGGACCAGUCGGAGAGCAGGCAAGCCCGGCACCAGGAUGAAGACGGACGCAGGAGUGGACGGCGCAGCACCCAAUGAUACCUCCAGUAGCCGGAACUUGAGUGACAGCGCGCUCAGGUUGUCCGCCGCCGUCUUAGCGGGGGAGCCGGGCAGCGUGGACGGCGCCCACCAAGCCCCCGGUAGUGACUUUGAGCCCAAAUGUGACAUCAGCGGCAAGGACGCCUUGUCAGCGCUGCACCGCGCCAGCACGCAGGAGUGUCGCCAGGAGAUCGCAAACGUUGUGUGUCUCCAUCAGGCGGGGCAGCUCAUGCCAGACGCCCUCCCACAGUUCUGCCCCCAAGUCGGUGUCGCAAAUGCUGUUCAGGCCGAGCUGGACAACAGCCUGCCUAAAGUGGAGAACCCUGUCAGGGUGGUUUUUGUCCUGAUGGUCCAUGGCCGCGCCGUACGGCAGCUCAAGCGUCUCAUCAAAGCAAUCUACCACCGCGAUCACUACUACUACAUCCAUGUUGACAAGCGGUCGGCCUACAUGCACCGGGAGGUGGUGCAGAUGGCCCAGCAGUACCCAAAUACUCGUGUCACCCCCUGGCGGAUGGUGACCAUCUGGGGCGGGGCCAGCCUGCUGAAAGCCUAUCUCCGCAGCAUGCAGGAUCUGCUCUCCAUGCUGGACUGGAAGUGGGAUUACUUCAUCAACCUCAGCGGCACAGACUUCCCUACCAGGACCAACGAUGAGCUGGUGGCCUUCCUAUCACAGCACAGAGACAAGAACUUUCUCAAAUCCCACGGCAGAGAGAACGCCCGGUUUAUCAAGAAGCAGGGCCUGGAUCGACUCUUCCAUGAGUGUGACAACCACAUGUGGCGCCUGGGAGUCCGCACCAUCCCAGAUGGCCUGGAAGUCUCCGGUGGCUCGGAUUGGUUUGCACUGACCCGCCGCUUCGUGGACUAUGUCAUCAACUCCCAGGAUGACCUGGUGUCGGGGCUGAAGCAGUUCUAUUCUUACGCUCUGCUCCCUGCUGAGUCCUUCUUCCACACGGUGCUUGGCAACAGUCACAUGUGCGACAGCCUGGUGGACAAUAACCUCCGUGUGACCAACUGGAACCGUAAGCUGGGCUGUAAAUGCCAGUACAAGCACAUUGUGGAUUGGUGCGGCUGCUCCCCCAACGACUUCAAACCACAGGACCUCAUUCGCAUUCAGCAAUUGUCCCGGCCGACUUUCUUUGCACGCAAAUUCGAGUCAGCGGUGAACCAGGAAGCCAUACAUAUCCUGGACACGCACCUGUACGGCCAGUACGCACCAGGGACCGCGGCCAUUAAGGCGUACUGGGAGAACCUGUUUGAGCAGACGGACGGCAUCGGCUCCCUCAGCGACGUGGCGCUCACCGCCUUCUCCUCUCUGCUUCGCCUGGGCCUGAAAAGUCUCGCCACGUCUCACGGCAGCAACGAGUCCUGCAGGUUGGAACCAAUAGGCCAUCCUUUGUCGGUGCACUUGUACUUCUAUGAUGACCGCUUUCAAGGCUACUUGGUCAGGCAGGAAGUCCAGGCUGUGGGCUCCAAGGUCAAGGAGGUCAUCGAGACUUGGGCUGUGCCCCAGGCCACUCUGGUGCUGGAGAACAAUCUUCAAACGUUUGAAAGGCUCAAAAACAUGGAGGUGGGCACAGAAUGGGACCCCAAAGAAAGAAUCUUCCGGAACUUUGGCGGGAUCAUGGGCCCGAUGGAUGAACCCAUGGCGGUGCAGAAAUGGGCUCGCACCGGCGCCAACCUGACGGCCACCAUCGUGUGGAUCGACCCCGCCCUGGUGGUGGCGGCCUCCUAUGACAUCACCGUGGACUCGGACGAAGAAUACACCCACUACCGGCCGCUUCUGCAGCGCCCCCUGCGGCCUGGCGUCUGGUCGGUACGCAUUUUAAGGCGGUGGAAGCGUGUGGCGGAGGUUCGAUUCCUCGUAAUGCCUUUGACUUUUAUGGACAAGAAGCCGCUGCGUAAAGAGGACAGUUGGAUCCAUGCAGGUCCAGCAGAGAACUCCUACAUGGACCACAGCUUCCAGCAGCUCAGCUCCAUCCUCCAGCUGCCCCCUCAGGGGCCCGCCAUGCUGCAGGCCCAGCACCACGCUCAGCUGCUGGGCCCGCCCCUCCACGCCUGGCUGGACGCCAGCGUGACCACCUUCUGGGCGCCGGGAGACGUGUGCGCCUCCAACGCUUCCUCCUGCCCGGCCUUGGCGCCCUGCUCCUCAACCAGCUGGAGCUCCGAGUCCCCGGACCCCAAGUCUGACCUGGGAGCGGUGAAGGCCGACGGCAGGAUCAGGUAGCCCCUCCUCACCUUGCUGACAUGUGCACUUUAGAAGACUGCAGGACCACAACACGGUGGUCUCUUUGACUCCUUCUCAAGACCCAAGGUAAGAUCCUCACCUGUGAUGCUUCUUUGAGAGCACGCAACUGGGAGACCUUGGACACCAAGACUUUGAAGGUCACUCCAAGGUGGUCCUACCGUGGAGUUGAAAGGUCACAUAGACGAAUGAUUUCCUUGAGUGGUCCACAUGGUUCUUGCUGGUGUUGUGGCCAGCAGCUCAGAAGAAGAACUUGUUUGUUGUUUAAUGUUAACUACUCUGCGCGCACGCCACAUCCUCCAAGCAGAGAUGCUGAACACGGAUUCUUUGGAUCCAAGCUGCCUUUUUAUUGGCUUCCCAACAUGCAUCUUGUCUUAUUGUUGUCAAGUGCCCUUGUUGAUCUUGCACAGGAAGUGGCUUCUUGCACAGGAAGUGGCUUCAGUGAAGCCUCACGUCUGUCGGAGAGAUGUUAUUUUUAUACUCCCUAAAACACUUUCAACUACAAUUUUAGUCGUGUCAAAUGCUUUUAUUUGGAAAAGUGGCAACACAGAACCUUUAUUUUACAGUAAAAUCCUGCUCAUUUUUUACUGUAAAAUGUCAUUUUUGUUUAUGUCCAUGGUCAUAUUCUGCACCUUGUUUUUACCCUCAAAUCCAAAAGUCAUACCAUUUGUACUUUUACACUGAAAUCAUAAAAUGGUGUUUUUUACAGUGCAUUACUGUGAAUUUAAAUACAGACCAUCACAUCUACAGUUUUUUUCUGUCUUGUCCUUUUUACAGUGCAUUACUGUAAAAUAACAUGUUUUUACAGUAAAAUUCUGGGGACUUUAAUUUGUCUUGUCCUUUUUACAGUGCAUUAUUGUAAAAUAACAAACUGUUGUUUUUACAGUCAAAUUCUAGCCCCUUUAAUUUGUCUUGUCCUUUUUACAGUGCAUUACUGUAAAAUAAAUGUUUUUACAGUGAAAUUCUGGGGACUUUAAUUUGUCUUGUCCAUUUUACAGUGCAUUACUGUAAAAUAACAAAUGGUACCACUGUUAUUUUUACAGUAAAAUUCUAGCCACUUUAAUUAGUCUUGUUCUUUUUACAGUGCAUUACUGUAAAAUAACAAACUUGUUUUUACAGUAAAAUUCGGGGGACUUUAAUUAGUCUUGUCCUUUUUACAGUGCAUUACUGUAAAAUAAAUGUUUUUACAGUAAAAUUCUGGGGACUUUAAUUUGUCUUGUCCAUUUUACAGUGCAUUACUGUAAAAUACACUUGUUUUUACAGUCAAAUUCUAGCCACUUUAAUUUGUCUUGUCCUUUUUACAGUGCAUUACUGUAAACUAACAAAUGUUUUUACAGUCAAAUUCUAGCCACUUUAAUUUGUCUUGUCCUUUUUACAGUGCAUUACUGUAAAAUAAACUUGUUUUUACAGUCAAAUUCUUGCCACUUUAAUUUGUCCUGUCCUUUUUACAGUGCAAUACUGUAAACUAACAAAUGUUUUUCCAGUAAAAUUUGGGGGACUUUAAUUUGUCUUGUCCUUUUUACAGUGCAUUACUGUAAAAUAACAAAUGGUACCACUGUUAUUUUUACAGUAAAAUUCUGGCCACUUUAAUUAGUCUUGUCCUUUUUACAGUGCAUUACUGUAAAAUAACAAACUGUUGUUUUUACAGUCAAAUUCUAGCCACUUUAAUUUGUCUUGUCCUUUUUACAGUGCAAUACUGUAAAAUAAAUGUUUUUACAGUAAAAUUCUGGGGACUUUAA